AUGUUAAAAGACUUUCAAAAUAGAUUUGAUAUAUUAGAGGAGAAGUGUUUAAAAAAUGCAAGAUUAUUAAAAAAUAGUCUUUUUUCAGGAGCAUAAUUUCAAUUGCCAAAAGAUGAAAUAAUGUAUUUGAACAGGGAAAUUUUAGAUUUAUCAAGUGAAUGGAGCAUACAUUUUCCAAGAACUGCCAAAAAGCAAUCUAAGGAAGAAAGCAAUCUGGGAAUAGAAUUCAAAAUGAUAAAUUUGUACAAACUAUGUAUAAAUGAGUUUGUGGCAGAAAUGUAUGAGGAAUUAAAAAAAACUUAAAAUCAAAAAGAGACUACCCUCUAAUUGGUGGCCAAGCACUACCAUGAUUACAAGGCAUUUUCAUAUUGGCUUUAUAAGAUUUUUUAUCAUCUAGAUACAAACACUUUAUCAACUUUAGGAGCUGAUUUGCAUAGCCUCUCUCUUGAAACAUUGAAAACUGUGUAUUUUAAAGAAGCCCAGGAAAAGUUAUUUCGAACUAUUUUGGAUGUUUUAUUGGAAUCAAGGUAGAAACAACUUUUGUUGGAUAAAAAAAUUAAAUCACUUUGUGAGUUAUUUGUUGUAAUGGGUGCGAACACAGUAAAAUUGAAAUAUGAAAAAGAAUAAGGAAUGUACGAUUACAUUUGCUAAAAUUUUUUAGAAACAGAGAAAUUUUAUAAAGAAAACUUUGAAAAAAGGUUUUUAGAAGAGACUCAGAAAUUCUAUAAAUAUUAAAUUUCUGAGAGGUAAAAUUUAGGAGUCAUUGAAUUUGUUAGAUGGGCAGAUAGAGUUAUUUCAUUAGAGGAGUAGAUGUGUUUGGAAAGUUAUUCCAAAAGUUUUGAUCAAAUAAAAUAAUUAUUUAAUUAGCUGUUUGUAAAAGAGUAAGCAGAAAGACUCUCAGCUGGAGGAUUGGGAGAAUUGUUUAACUGGGAGAAUUAUACAGUCUAAUAUCUAGGUAGAGUGAGUGUGUAUAAUUUUUUGCUUAAGAAUUCAAAAUUUACUAUUUAGUUAUUGUUCGUUAAGUGA